AUGACUUCGGAGGCCGCCUCAAAACGCCAAUUUCUGCAUCCGCGGAUUUUGCCUGAAGAUCCGAUGAUUGACGAGAAACUACCACGGUUUCGGCAUCCUACUGUCUACGAUGCAGUUGCAGGCAGGAUAUCAGUCGCCGGAUUCAUUCCCAAGCACAAGGUAGUUGCCUCGACACGCGAUACCGUCUCAUCCUCUGCCAGCGCGAUCUCCCCAGAGGCAGUCUUGUUUCGAAGCAGAAAUGCCCCUACAAGAUAUGCCGAGUCCGACAUAUACUUCGCGAAUGAAAGACAGUCCGUUACGGACCUGCCAGAAUCGGACAUUCUUAAGGCCUUACAUUGCUAUACAUCUGAUUUCUACUCACGAGCUGCCGGGGAUGGGGGCAGUGGUGACUGGAAGAGUCUGGAUGAGACGGCUCUCAUAGCUCUAGGGAUUAUCAUGGAAGAAGCAUCGCUUUCGAGCCUGGGCGAAACGGGUGAUCUUACCUUCACAGAAGGAGAAGAAGUGAUCGACCUUCCACAAGUAAACGAUGGAGAGCAGCGAGCAACAUCCAAGGAGAGACCUUCCAAGAAACGGCGAGUCGAGGCCGCAAGCUGA